CAUGUCGGCGCUGCGCUGGGGCCGUGGGGCUGCUGGGCUCGGAUGGGCCUUGAGGCCCGCGGGCCGCCCCGGCCUCUUGGCCGAGGAAGGGGCCCUGGGUGGCGUAUGGGGCUGCAGAAGGAGCUCGUCUGCCAGCCCAUGUGAGCAAGACCGCAGGAGGGACUGGGGCCACGCCGAGCUGCUGGAGGUGCUUGAGGCCAGGGUGCGGCAGCUGCAGGCCGACAAUGUUUCGGAGGUGAGGUCAGAGCUGGUGGGUGUGACUCGACUCCCAGAGGUUGGUGGCUCCCAGUCACCCAGGAAGACGCAGGCAGGAAAUGAGGGCGCUGCACUGGGGCUCAGUGGUCGCUGGGCGCAAAAGUUGGACAAGGAGAAGCUUGUGAUGCAGGAGCGCAAGCAAAAGCUGGAGGCGAACCUGCAGCAGCAGAAGGAGCGGCGGGCCCGCAAACAGCAGCUGCGUGUGGAGCCCCGACUACUGAAUAGGCAGCUGGCAGGCUGCCUGCAGCGUUGGGAGCAUAGCACCCCCAGGAGCCCCUGGAAGGAGCAGCUGGCCCAGCUGCUACAGGAGGCCCCGAGGAGGCUGAGCUGCAAGGAGGAGAAUGGUUCGGCGGACAGGGCCUCCAGGAUGCGGCACGAGGGCCAGCAGCAGAGGCUCCUGGCCUUCUUGGAGUGCUGCGUGCUUGUGGACCAGCUGCCCCUUGCCCACCACGUGCUGGUCAUGCAGCACAGCAAGUCCCGGCAACAGCGAUUGCUCACCCUGCCCAUGUACAACAUCAUCCUGCUUGGUUGGGCUCGCAAGGGCUCCUUCAAAGAGCUGGUUUAUGUGUUCUUCAUGAUGAAAGAUGCCGGCCUCGCCCCAGACCUGCUGUCGUAUGCGGCUGCCCUGCAGUGCAUGGGGCGGCUGAACCAGGAUGCCAGCACUAUCCAGGGCUCCUUCAAAGAGCUGGUUUAUGUGUUCUUCAUGAUGAAAGAUGCCGGCCUCGCCCCAGACCUGCUGUCGUAUGCGGCUGCCCUGCAGUGCAUGGGGCGGCUGAACCAGGAUGCCAGCACUAUCCAAAGGUGUCUAAAGCAGAUGGCCCAGGAUGGACUGCAGCUGCAGGAGCUCUUCACGAGCUUAUCACUGUGCAAGGAGGACCAGGCUGCACUCCUGAAGGCUGUGCUCAAGGCUGAGCCCACCUUUAUACCUCCGCAGCCACCCCUCCCCUCGUUUGAGGUCAACACCUCCCCACUGCUCAGGGAGAUCUACGACACGGACCACCCUGUGUCCUAUCCAAGGCAGCACCUGCCCUUGAAGAAACUGAAGGACCUGUUCCAGCAGCAGCUUAGUGUGGAGAUGGCCACCACUGUCACUGUGGACUCAGUGGAGAAGGCCCCGUCACUGACCAAGGAGGUCCUGCUAGCGCGAAAGACCCUACAGGAGCUACGCACCUGUUGGGAGGCGGAGUUGUGCCUGGCCCUACGACAGACCAAGGCCAGAGAGGCCCAUGCUGCCCGUGAGGGCCGCCCCUCGCUCUUCCCCUACCUGUGCCUGCUCAGUGAGGAGGAGCUUGCACAGCUGCUGCUGCAGACCUUGCAGGUGCUGUCCCCACAGGGAGAGUCGCUCCUCUCCCUGGCACAACAGCUGGGCAUGCGCAUAUUCAACCGACACGUGGUGCAGAGGAAGCAGCUCAGUGAUGAGGUACAGGAACUGCAGCAGCGCUAUUUCAAGUACCUACACAUGCUGGCAUCUGACACGCAGGUGGUGGUGUCCCGCCUGCCACGGCAGCAUUGGGAGGCACUGGGGGCACCUGAGGCCCCCCAAGAGCAGCCCUGGCCCUUGACUGUGGUGGUGCAGCUCGGCAAACAGCUGGCUGAAGUGCUGGUACAGACAGUGAAGAUGCCUGGCCACCUGGCACAGCACCAGGGCUCCCGCAAGCUCAUUCCUGUGCUCUACCAUGUGUACUCCUUCCGGAGCUUCCGCCAGAUUGGGAUCCUGAAGCCACACCCAGCCUUCAUGCAGCUGCUGGAAACUGCGGCCGAGCGCACAAUGACCUUUGAGGCAGCAGAAGUGCCCAUGCUGUGCCCGCCACUGCCCUGGACUUCACCACACUCAGGUGCUUUCCUGCUGAGCCCCACUAAGCUAAUGCGCUCUGUUGAGGGUACCACACAGCAUCAGCGCCUUUUGGAGGGCUGCCCACCCACUGAGCUGCAUGGCGCCCUGGACGCCCUCACCCAGCUGGGCAACUGCGCCUGGCGUGUCAAUGGGCGUGUGUUGGACCUGGUGCUGACCCUCUUCAAUGCCAAGGGCUGCCCCCGCCUGGGCGUUCCGGCCCCUGCCUCUGAGGCUCCCCGCCCACCUGAGUGCCACCUGCCAACCAGUGCCUCACCGGAACGCAAGGCUGAGCUGCGGAGGGAGCUGGCCCGCUGCCUGAAGGUGGCCCGGGAGAUGCACAGUCUGCGGACCGAUGCACUCUACCGCCUCUCAUUGGCCCAGCACCUGCGGCACCGUGUCUUCUGGCUGCCUCACAACAUGGACUUCCGAGGACGCACCUAUCCCUGCCCGCCCCACUUCAACCACCUAGGCAGUGACCUGGCACGUGCCCUGCUAGAGUUUGCCCAGGGCCGACCCCUUGGUCCCCAUGGCCUUGACUGGCUCAAGAUCCACUUGGUCAAUCUCACUGGGCUCAAGAAGCGUGAGUCGUUGCAGGCACGCCUGGCCUUUGCUGAUGAGAUGAUGAACGAUAUCCUGGACUCGGCUGACCAACCCAUGAUGGGCAAGAAGUGGUGGAUGGAGGCAGAUGAGCCAUGGCAAGCCCUGGCCUGCUGCAUGGAGAUUGCUCAGGCUGUGCGUGCCCCCAACCCCACCGCUUAUAUCUCCCAUUUUCCCGUUCACCAGGAUGGCUCCUGUAAUGGCUUACAACACUAUGCUGCUCUGGGCCGGGACAGUGUGGGGGCUGCCUCCGUCAACCUAGUGCCCUCAGAUGUGCCGCAGGAUGUGUACAGCAGCGUAGCCGCACAGGUGGAGGUGUUCCGCAGACAGGACGCUGAGCGGGGUGUGCAGGUGGCCCAAGUUUUGGAGGGCUUCAUCAGCCGCAAAGUGGUCAAGCAGACGGUGAUGACUGUGGUGUAUGGGGUCACCCGCUAUGGGGGCCGCCUGCAGAUCGAGAAGCGCCUCCGGGAGCUCAGCAACUUCCCCCAGGAGUUCGUGUGGCAGGCUUCUCACUACCUUGUGCGCCAGGUGUUCAAUAGUCUUCAGGAGAUGUUCUCAGGUACCCGGGCCAUCCAGCGCUGGCUGACCGAGAGCGCCCGUCUCAUUGCUCGAACUGGCUUGGCAGUGGAGUGGGUCACACCCCUGGGCAUCCCCAUCAUCCAGCCCUACCACCACGACUCCAAGGUGUCGAUCAAUGGAGGGAUCCAGAGCCUCUCCUUCAGCAACAGUGGGGACACCAGCCAGAAGCCCAACACACUGAAGCAGAAGAAUGGUUUCCCACCCAACUUCAUCCACUCUCUGGACUCCUCACACAUGAUGCUUACAGCCCUGCACUGCUACAGGAAGGGCCUGACCUUUGUCUCCGUGCAUGACUGUUUUUGGACCCAUGCAGCUGAUGUCGCCAUCAUGAAUCAGGUGUGCCGUGAGCAGUUCGUCCGCCUGCACAGCCAGCCCAUCCUACAUGACCUGUCCAGGUUUCUGGUAGAGCGGUUCUGCUCUGGCCCCAGGUGA